CUAUAAUUGCUUAUAAAUAAUGGGGUUAUUAGUGAUAAGUUAAAAAAAAAACUUGGCCGAAUACAAAAAAAAAAAGACAUCGGCGGCACGACUGAGAGGAGUCGGAGGAAAGACAGACAGAUGUUAACAACUUGCAGGUCGUCUCUCUUCAGGAUUGAUCGUGUACUUGCGUUUACGAGUAGAUGUCUUAAAUCGAAACAAGAAGGUUUCAGUAUCAUGAAUUAUAGGGGAAACGCUGCAAUGGAUGGAAGCAAGAAGGAAAAGAUGGUGUGGAGACCCAUCUCCACUCACUCCUCUUCAGUUUUUGUUGUUGCAGAAGCAGAAGCCCAGUGUAGCAAAUCAAGUGGUGUUUCUGAAGAAGGGAAUGAGAGAGCCUCAGCUGGAAAGCAUUCAGUUUCUCUUGAGGUUGGGGCUUCUUUGAUGAAGUUCAUCAGAGGGAAAGAAGGGACUACACAGAUGAAAAUUGAAGAGGAGAUGGGAGUGAAGAUCAUCUUCCCAUCAUCAAGAAACGAAGAUCACAUCAUCAUUGAAGGUGGAUCAGUGGACUGUGUGACGAAAGCCUCAGAAAGAAUAGCUACUGUUAUCAAUGAGGUUGUAAAAAGUCCGAGUCUUGACUACUCACACUUUGUAUCACUUCCACUAGCCAUACACCCUGAGUUAGUGGGGAAGCUGUUCAACUUUCAGAACUCUAUACUCGGAAACUAUGGCGUAUCUGGUGAUCAACAAGUUGAUGAAACCACAAGUGUGGCGGUUGAUCUAAAAGCUAAUAGUGAGACAAGACAAGUCAAUGUGGAUAUCAGGAGCAUACCACUUGUCAGUUACCCGCCUAAGGCAAUAGAAGCAAGGUCAUCUACUUUAUUUGACUUGGGAAUUGAAAAGUCAAUCUUUAUUAAACCGAGUACUUUUCACUUGACUGUGCUUAUGCUAAAGCUAUGGAACAAAGAUAGAAUCAAUGCGGCCCGUGAUGUUCUGAAGAGUAUAUCUCCUAGUGUGAUGGAUGCUUUGGAUAACCGGCCGUUAUUCAUUAGACUUAAAGGACUGGAUUGUAUGAGAGGAUCACUAGCUAAGGCUCGCGUUCUCUACAUUCCUGUUGAAGAAAUUGGUGAUGAAGGCAGGCUUUUACGUGCUUGUAAAGUUAUCACUGAUGCAUUUGUGAAAGCUGGACUUGUUCUUGAAAAAGAUGCAAACCAAAGCUUGAAGCUGCACGCGACCGUGAUGAACGCUAGGCACAGGAAAAGAAAGGACAAAAGAAAGAAGAUGGAUACGUUUGAUGCAAGGGAGAUACAUAAACAGUUUGGAAAUGAAGAUUGGGGAGAGUAUCUGAUCCAAGAAGCUCAUCUCUCGCAGCGUUUUGUGUUUGACCAGAGCGGUUAUUACCGUUGCUGUGGUUCCAUACCCUUUCCCGGAGAACACAGAGACUGAGAAGAAACGUUAAACCGGUCAGAAUCUCAAGUCUCAAGCUGUACCUGAGUGGCAACAUGUCUCAGCUAUGUGUGUGACAACACUGAAAUUUUAUAACUGUGAGAAGUGAACCGGAUUGUAAAAUUGUACCGGCCAUCUUGUGUUACCCAAAUAAGCGUCUUCGGUUUGGUUUGUCUUAGUCUUCAAUAAACCGAGCUACAACGUUCUUGUACCUUUUAAACAGUCAAACUUUAAAGGUUUUUGAAUUAACACAAUAUUAAACAUUUUCAUUUAAAA